AUGAGUCUGUUACGGCUUGUUAUAGGCUUGGCGCUGGGCCUCGCUGUUGCAGCUGUUGCCGCUCCGACUGGUGCGUUUGAGUCGAGCGACUUUAAUGUCACGGAGGCCCUCCUUGAUCAGGGCAUCGACAUCUCUGAAAUACCUGCUCUGGCGGACUUCAACGAGACGGCAGCUGUUGAGAGACGGUCCACAGGCUCAUCCUGCUCCAUCGCUUGCUCUUCCCUGAAGUUCAUCUAUGGUAGCAAGGCCGUCUAUUCACGAGGCGAAUCAACAUAUGAGAACUUCACCGACUCCUACUGGUCGGACAACCAAGCUCAGGUCGAUCCUUUCUGUGUCUUCAAGCCUUCCAAAGGGGCUGAUGUAUCUGUUGCCAUCUUGGUUGCCCGACUGACACAAUGUCCUUUCGCUGCUAAGAGUGGUGGUCAUGCGGCUAUGGCUGGCGCUUCUAGCAUUGAAGGUGGCAUCACCAUUUCUUUUGCCAACAUGAAGGAUGUCACUUUGUCGAAGGACAAGAGCGUUGCAUCGAUCGGUCCGGGUAACAUCUGGGGCGAGGUUUUCGCAACUCUCACCAAGUCCGACCUGAGUGUUGUCGGUGGCCGCCUGUAUAAUAUUGGAGUUGGUGGCCUUACCACUGGUGGUGGUAUCUCUUACUUCUCUAACCUCUAUGGAUGGGCAUGCGAUAACGUUGAUAGUUAUGAUGUUGUAACUGCAAGUGGUGUCAUUGUCAGAGCCAGUGCCACUCAAUAUCCGGAUCUUUUCUGGGCCCUCCGCGGAGGCGGCAACAACUUUGGCCUUGUCGUCAGCUUUAAUCUCAAGACGAUCUCCCUUCCUGGAGGUAAACUCUGGGGUGGUUCAAGAAUGUAUUUCGAGGACUCAUUCCUUGCCGUGGAGAAUGCAUUCGUCAACAUCAUUGCGAACUCAGCCCAAGAUCCACAAGCUGGUCUCUAUGUUGUCUAUGUUUACAGCGGAGGCGCCAAGCUUGUUCUGCCGGCGUUAUACCACAAGGAUCCCAACGGUGGCGCAUCUAGCAUCUGGGCUGACUUUGAUGCCAUCCCGGCUAUCACUGAUUCCACGAAAACUCGUGUUCUGGCAGAAUGGGGCGCAGAGACAAUGAAUGACAGCCCUCCAGGUCUGCGCGAGGUCUACUACGUUCUAACCAUUAAGGCCGACUCUGAGAUACUUACAUAUGCUCGCGAGUAUUUCUUUGAGACAGUCACCACUGUCGCUGACAUCCCUGGCAUUGUGCCAAACAUUGUAGUCCAGGGUAUCACUGUUCCUCAAAUGCAGCAGAUGCAGAAGAGCGGUGGUAAUGCCCUUGGCCUGGAUCCCAAUGAUGGACCCUUGUACAUCAUUCAGCUGUGCGGCAUGUGGACCAAUGCCUCAGAUGAUGACAAGGUGUACGCUUGGAUGUCUGACAUUCUGAACAAGGUCAAGGCUGCGGCUAAGGCCAAGGGGGUGGACAAUGACUACGUCUAUAUGAACUACGCAAGCCAAUUUCAAGACGUCGUCAGCAGCUACGGUGCCACCAAUAAAGCCAAGCUCAAGAGCAUAUCCAACAAAUAUGACCCAGCCCAGGUCUUCCAGAAGCUGCAGCCGGGUUAUUUCAAGCUUGAUCAUGCUCCCAUUAGCGGUUCUGGAUACUUCAACAUAUAA